AGGAUGAAGGCUGAGUGGUCAGGCUUCAGAACUGAUUUAAAGAUAGCCCAUCAAGUCACGCGUGGUUGGGGUCCCCCACUGAGCUGCGGGUUUAGCCUCGUCUUGGUUUGUCUUUCAGGACACUGAGGUCCAGCCUCACUGAGCAGGCCACCCCCAAGAGCUUCCUCCCACGGGAGCCCCCGAGAUCUGACCAUGUCUAUCAUGGACCACAGCCCCACCACGGGCGUGGUUACGGUGAUUGUCAUCCUCAUCGCCAUCGCUGCCCUGGGGGCCUUGAUCCUGGGCUGCUGGUGCUACCUUCGGCUCCAGCGCAUCAGCCAGUCAGAAGAUGAGGAGAGCAUCGUGGGCGAGGGCGAGACUAAGGAGCCCUUCCUGUUGGUACAGUACUCGGCUAAGGGACCGUGUGUGGAGCGGAAGGCCAAGCUGACCCCCAACAGCCCGGAAGUCCACGGCUGAGCUGGGAUGCGGAGGGCUCCUGGUCCUGUUUGCAGCAGGCUGAGAGGCGACGGGUCGGGUGGAACCACAGAUGUGCUGCUGUCCAAGAGGAAGGGUUGACACCUGUUGGCAUGGCCUCGGCAGGCUUCGUCAUCGCAUGCACUGACUCUCGGGGCCCCAGACCCGACCCGGGACCCGCUGGCCCGGGGCAUCCCCUCGACCUCCUGGCAGGCUGCCCAUUGCAGGCAGUGGGUAGACCUGACCCCGCUGGGGUUCAUGGCCCCAUAGCGCUUUUGUUACUUGAAUGUUUAGCUGAGCCUGUUUUUGAUGGAGCUACUACAGUAAUGCGUGAACUAACCAACCUGUGAACUGUAAAUAGGCCCCAGAAGCACGUGCAGCCUUUUUGCUGAUGUUUUAAAAUACCACCUAGAGCACAUGGAACUGGUUUGAUUCCGACCGUACUAAUGAUGAGUGGAGUCGAGACUAUGGAGGAGGGUCUUAGACUUGGAAGGCCCAAGUCACACUUGGCAGGGGUCUUUAUAAUGUGUGUGUAUGUACGUACACAUGUGUACAGGAAGUGAAAUGUCAGUUUUAAGUCUCGUGGCUGGCCAGGUGGGGUGCUUUGGGGAUUUCUGCUUGGUUGGCAGUCGGUGGAAGAACCAUGCUCUCUUCUUCCUCUAGGUAGAUUAGGUGGUUAAAUAGCAGUUCCUGUUGAUAGUGGGAGUAUUGCAAGGAAGCUACUGUACCUGCUUGAGAGCCAGUGAAGGACGUAUCAGGGCGCAAGUCCCAAGGACUCUCAGGCAUCCCAGUGGCAGAGCAGUUUCUUGCCCCUGUGGUCUUAGCAUGCCCUGUCCCCGUCCCCUGCCAGUCCCUGCUCCCACCUGGCACCACUUAGCGCAGGCUUUGCUCUAAUUGCUUUGGCCUCUUAGAAACACCAGAGCCCAUGGUGGCUCCUUGUAGUCUAAAAUCCAAGGGGCCCAGGAGAAACAAAAUGUUGUGGAGUUUUUGUUUUUGUAUUUAAUAAUUUUCUGCACUGGCGGGGGAGGGGGUUGUUGAGGGGUUUGGGAUUUCUUUCCCCUCUUCCCUUUUCACGUGUUCUCUUCCUUGCCUCAGAUUACCACCCACCUGCUGGGUAUUGAAUUCCCCUUUCCUCCGCGGGUCACUGCAUGAUGUGUGCAAAGCAUGAGCACUAGCAGGUCACUCCUCAUGUGCAGAAAGGGGCACCCCGACCUCCAGUCACACAGACCACUCCCUGACAACUUGUGCUUGGGACAGUGGACUUAGGUUAGGCUUGGUCUUUGCCACGGUGAUGAGCAGGUGGUUCAGUCAAGCCAGCACCUCAGCAGCCUGCAUCUCCGUGAGGUCCCGUGUCCACAUCAGCGAGCUCACUUAGAUUUUUAAUCCCACUACCAUAAGCACACUCUAAACCCAUCAUGUUUCACUCGUCCUCAGUCAGGAACAGGCAGCUGGCCCUGGCUUAACUGUGGAGUGCUGGCCCUGAACGUUGGAGCACCUGCGAGGUCUUGUUCCCUGGUCAGGCUGAAGUGUCUCCCAGCCCCAUCCCCAUUGUCUCCGAAAGCAUGUUGACCUAGUCUGCUUUUCAGAACCUUGAGAGGGGACUGUAGGGAACAUUUAGUUUAGCAGUAAACACCUAAACUGGGGGGUCAGACAUUAAGUAAUAGCUUGGGGGGAGGGAAAACCAAAAACCAGACCCUUCGCCGCCAGUUCAACUCAUAGCUGCCCUGUAGAACAGAGUAGAACUGCCCCAUAGGGCUUCCAAGGAACAGCUGGUGGAUUCAAACUGCCGACGUUUUGUUAGCAGCCGAGCUCUUAAACACUGCACCAACAGGGCUCCAAAUUGGGGGUCACACAUUAAGUAACAGAAGGGGCAGCUAAUUGGGCAAUAUGGGCUUAAGGUAGCACAGUAAAUCUUGCCAGAGCCAGAACCUGUGUAGGGUGGAAACUUGUCAGAGAAGGAAAACUCACUGGGUGUUUAUGAGGUAGGAUUCUUAAUAGAUGGUAAUAGAAAAAUGGUAAGACUGUGUACCCUGUCAAAGGCGGAAAACUUGCAAGACCCAGAAAAACAAGGCAGUCCCGUCAAGUUCCAGCUGUCAACAGCUUUCACUAUAAUAAAAUACCACCAUGGGCUUCUGGGGAAUCUUGGGAAGCAGAUGGGCUUCCAGCACAGAGGAGGAAAUGCCUUCGGCCCCUGAGUGGGAACGGCCCAGAGGCGGUGGAGGGACAGAUAAGCUGAGGUCUUUGGAGGUCCUGCAGUCUGGAGUGGGGAGGACUCUCAGUGGGGGGCAUGGUGGGGUGAGGGGUUCAGACGCAGAAACCAGGCCUAGAAGAACAGAAGUUCCAAAGGUGCUGGUUGGAAGGUAGGGGAGAGACCUGUUUUCUAAGGGAGGAGCUCACUAAACGUGAAGGGUGUAGGGAUGAGUUAGAGGGCUGUGCUCUUGCAUGUGCUCCCCUGGCGUUUCACAGCAGCGGGGAAGCCUGGGCUCAGUAGUCCAGGGGUUUGCAUCUCCUCAGUCUCUGAGCCUGACCCCUGGAACUGCCCACUACUUGACUUCCAGACUCACCCUGAGGUUUGUACCUGCCAGUGAAGUUUAAUUUUUGAAAAGCAUCGAAUUUCACUUUGGCUUUUGAGGUGUGUCCCACCCCACUCCCAUCUGCCAGUCCUUGCGGUGUAAACCUGGCCCUUCAGAGUGUCAGCAGUAGUGGGUGAGCAUCAGGGGCAUGAUGGUCCUGGAGGGGAUCUUGGGGAGGAAGAUGAAAAUGCCUGUUGGGCUGGUAAACGACCACAGAAUAGCUCUAACUGUUCUCUUAUCAAUAGCGACUUUUUUUAGUGUAGACACCAGAGCCACAUGCUCUAAUGGCUCAGUAAGUUAUGACCUCAUGAAAUCUUUCUCAAAAGCCAACUGUUGCAUUCAAGUUCUCUGACUAGCCAGUCAAGAAAUGAACCUUUCAUCCUUUGUAUCAUCACAAAAGAGGCAACAGUAGGGGAGUGGGGAGGGAACUGUGGACACUGAGCCGAAAAAAUAUG